UUACCAAGCUUGAUGGUAAUCUUCGGGCCAUGUGAUGGGCUUCUGCUGAGUUGCAGCCCUGCGGAUUACAGCUGGGCUUUAAAAGUGCCUCAUCAGUUGCAUCACGUCUUUUGUUCUCCUUCAUUCUGUGCUUCUGGUGGCACCAGACGAACCACUCACAAUGAACCAGAAGGUGGUACUCGUUACCGGCUGCUCCUCUGGGAUUGGUCUUGCUCUGGCAACCCGCAUCGCAAGAGAUGAAAAGAAGAGAUUUAUGGUCUACGCCACCAUGAGAAACCUGAGUAAGGCCGAGCCGCUGGUGGAGGCCGCUGGCCGGACUCUGGGAAGAACUUUGGAGAUCAAGCAGCUGGACGUGUGCAGCGAGGAAUCCAUUAAAGCGUGUGUGGACAGCUUACCUGAGCGCAGGGUGGACAUUCUCGUAAGUAAUGCUGGCAUGGGCCUGAUUGGACCCAUUGAGUGUCAGUCUAUUGAUGAGAUGAAAGCUGUCAUGGACACCAACUUCUUUGGGAUGGUGCGGUUGUUGAAGGAAGUCCUGCCUGACAUGAAAAAGAGGAAAAAAGGCCAUAUUGUUGUCAUCAGCAGUGUCAUGGGCAUACAGGGGAUUUUAUUCAAUGACGUCUACGCAGCUUCCAAGUUUGCACUGGAAGGAUUUUGUGAAAGCUUGGCAGUGCAAGCUCUCAGGUUCCAGCUGAAUCUCACUCUGAUAGAGCCCGGUCCGGUGAUAACAGAGUUUGAAAGUAAAGUAUUUGAAGAGGGCCAGAAGACUGACCUGAGCAAAGCUGACAAAGUGACUGCCGACAUGUUCACUAACAUCUACCUGAAGAACUACAAACAGAUCUUUGAAAGUCUUGGACAGACUGCUGAGGACAUAGCCGAGCACACCUUCAAGAUCAUCACCAUGGAGAAUCCUCCUUUCCGCCAUCAGACAAACCCUCUUUACACCCCCAUGACCACGCUCAAAUACGCUGACCCCAACGGUGACCUUCCAAUAGAAACAUUCUACAAAAUGGUGUUCGAACAUGACAAGGUCUUCAACGCCAGCCUGAACUUUCUCAAGCUGCUGCGCUGGAGGAGUCGGAAGAGUUUCACCCUGGAAAAAGACAAGAGCAACUGAUUUUGUUGUGUUCUUACGUAUGUAAACGUGAAAUGUAUUCAGCUGUGUGUAGUGGUCUACAAUGCCUCUUCGGUUGUUUUAGCUGAUUUGUGAUCAAAUAAUAAAUCAUAAAUUUAAUACCUGAACAAUAACAAACUGUUUGAAUUGCACCUCUGUCAGCUUGUGUUGCAGGUGUCAGCCAUAUUUAAAAUGCUGCUACAGUACUGAGUCCUCCUACCUCCAAAUCCCGUGUUAAGCUGUUAAUAACUGCUGACCUUGCAUGCUGGGGCAAAUCGGUG